CGCUCGCCACAGUUUACUUUUUUUUUUUUACUUGUAAAUGGAGUCAUGGAGUGUCGUUCGCAUCACUGUGCAAUGAACCCAUUGGGAAAUCGCGUUUGUUUGAGCCCUGUGUGGACACGAUGAGUGACCGUUGGAAGGCGAACAGCGAGAUGAUAGGCGGACACAGAAUACGGACUCGUUCGCAGCGGCGUGAGUUGCACCCGUAGAUGGGUUCCCAAACAUUGGAGAUACUCCGUCAAGGGGUCUGGGCUAGUUUCACGGGAGGCUGGUUCUACGAUCCGAGGCAGGACCAUGAGUCCAACAUUCUGCACCUCUACCUCUGGUUGUUCCUGUUGUGCCUGCCGUUCUCGUUGCACAUGUUCCUCAAGCCAGCAUUGCCUGUCUGGCUAUGCUAUGCUGCCAUUGUGGGUGCGCUGUUUGCGACGCUCAAAAUCAUCAACGUGCGGCUCCACCAAAUGUUUGACAGUGGGGAGUGCAUUGAAGAGUCAAGCGACGACUCGAACCGGUCCGUGUCCGCAGACCACACAGGACAAAGCUCGCAGGGCCAUGGCUCAAAAAAGGAUUCGGAGCACAUUGAAAUGGCCGUCUUGAAGCAGCGGCCGGACGAGGAGACACCACCUGUACAGUGCAGCUCGCGCAAUUCCUUCAACGAUGGGGCCCAGGUCCAGAUCCAUCCGGGCAGCGCGGUGGCAUCCACGGGCUCCAUGGAGCUUCUGGGGCGGCUGGCCCGCUCCGACGACUUCGAGAUGAAGUCGCACACCGGCGUCUGUGGAAUUGACCUCCAAGUGGACGUGCACCAUCGGAAUAGUUCAGGUAGCUCGGGUGGCUCGACCUCUGUUAAACAAGAGCGGGGAUUUCACGGGACCAGCUCAGCAGCUCCAGGGCCGGGGAGUCCCGACUUUGCGCUUGUUGAUGAAGUGCUGAAAGAAGUUACCGACCUGAAGUCUGGGGCUGUUUCAAUGCUACCCGCACCAGCAGGAUUGUCUACUGGUGACGAGCUUGCUGUGGCUUCAGGUUCAUCGACGUCCCUACACCCAGAUAACCACCGGACCCGCAGCCAGCACAGGCGCCGGAGCGGUGGCACCGGCUUCCUCUCUUCCGGUUCCUCGUCCGGCUCGCUCCGCAAUGCCACCGGCUCCGUUGAAUUGGCUUUCCUGUCCCAGGACCCAAGCGUCCGAGCUGCAGAGCUUGCGCGCGCGGCACAGCAGCGCAAGAGCAGUCAUGCCCUCCGUGGCAAUGUUGAGGAUGCCGAUGCCAACUGGCUGGUGCGGCGUGCCCAUAGCGAGCUCGAAACCAGUGCUGCUGAGAAGCAGCGAUCUUCCAUUCCGCCGUCUCAUCCGGUUUCGCUGGAGGCCAUCCGCGUCGGGUCGUCGUCGUCUUCAACGGCAGUACCAGCGAACGUUCGGCACGUCAGGAGAAGUGUAGAGUUCUCGCGGCCCCCGCUGAUGAACGACUGGGCCAUCAAGACGAUUGCGGAGCAACCAGCCGCGGAGACUCCGGUUAGCACGGCGUCUAGUGGAUCAAGCAGCAUGAAGUCAUUGGUGAGGCAUCGCUCGCUCGAUGCGGCCACGUUGAGGCAGCGGCGUGGCCGAGGGGGCGGUGAAAAGAAAGAGGAGGAGAAGACUGGUGUUGUGGUGUCGAGUGGUGCAGAGGGUCCCGCCUCUGCGGGUCGGUGUUUCCCGUCGACCGAUAGUGUGUCGUCGGCGUCUGGCGAAUCUGAUAGAAGCAGCAGCCACUUCACCGUCAUCUACAAACCGCUGGAUCCAUGCAGUGGAAAUCCACAGGAACUUGACUUGCCUGAGCAGUACCCGGGAUGGCUAGAAGGGAACCCCAGAAAUCCAGAGCCACUUCCCUCUCCAGCCUGCUCAGAACGCAGCAGUGUGGGCGGCUUGGAUUGGCUUUUUGCCAUAGCCACAAGCCAACCAGUGAAUGAGACGAAGACAUUGGCACCUUUGGGUAAAAAGCUCUGCAAAGAACAGACAGAGCAAAAGCCCAGCCAGCAGCGACCGACUGAAGCAGCUGAGACAUGCCUUGGGACCAGCGAUGCGGACUCCAGUCUUCCAUGGCAGUGUGAGGGCGCUGUCAUGCGGGCCCGCAGUGGAUCAUCGGAGCAGAGCCUCUCCGAUGGCAGUUCCCCAUCGUCUCCCGACGAGAUGACUCCCCUCGGUGCCUCGGGACGCCUCUCCACUGCCCUGGGAGCCAUUCCCAAGCAGUACAUGGACGAUACCAGAGGGGACCAGGCAUAUCCGCCAGUUCCUGGGCCGUUUACACGGACGACGGUGCGGUCAUUGCUGAGCCGCCGUCUGCUUGAAAUUCUCAACCUCAACGACCCUCAAGAGUGUGAAGCGGAGCUGCAGAAGUUGAAGAGGGAGUUGGACAUCUGCCGACGGCUUGCUUCAAAUGCCGAGGAGGCACCACCGAGCUUCUCGCCACCAACUUCCAAAGCCCCUGCUGCCAACCGGAAGCGUCCAAAGCUGGCGGCGACUCGCCGGAAAGCCAGUUAUGGCACUUCCGAGUUUCUCUCUCUCCUGCCAAGCAAUCCGGCUUUGCCUCAGGCCGACGGGGAGAAGGAUGAAGAGUCAGCCACAGCGAUGGCUGGCUGGACUUCAUCGGGCCGGCGGAACUGCACCGACCGGGGACCGCCGGCCUAUCUCCUGGCGAGCAUCUUGUCGACACCUGGCACCCACUUGGCCAUAUCGCAUGACGACACUUCGCCCGGUGCAGUACAUUGCUUCCAAGAUGAACACGGCAACUGGCAGACAUACACCUUUGAUGAGAACAGCACAGGCGUGUCAAGGGGCCUUGAGAUGUCGCCGGACACCAAGAUAUUCCAGAUGAUGUUCGACAGCAAGUGGGAGACGUCGUCUCACAGCAGCUCAAGCUCGAGCUCCACCACGAUGCUCGACAGUCCCGCUGCCUCCGCUUCUGUGCCCCCUCACAGCAGCUGUCCGAUUGCCAUGGGGUUCAGUCCCGCACCCGGCAUGACGCCCUGCGUGACCACGACAGAGGCCUCUUCUUCCAUCGCCAUGGUGACAGGCUCGAAGCUGCGGCCAUCCCCUCAUCACCCUCAGCACCGUCCACACCACCACACCCCCCAUUCUCAUUCGCAGCAGCAACAGCAACUCCUCCAGCAACAACCGUCAUCCUCGACGUCGCUGCAACAGUAUUCUCACCAACCUCGACAUCACCACCGUCGGCGUGGUCAUCACAGCGGUGGUCAGCGAGGUGAGGACGUCGGAGCCGUGGUGCCGUCUUCACUGGACCUCUCCCUCCCUUCUGGAGUAGGGGCGGCAGCGCUUGGACUGAGGCGGGGCGGGGCUACAGUGCUGGAGAACCGGUUCGACUUGGGUGGGGCCGGCGAAGGGGCCAGUGUCCGGUUUGACGGCUCCAGAGGCAGCAGCGGAUCAGUUCUUCUUGCGGAAUCUCUCCUCAGCCGCAUGGCUAUGGCAGCGGCGGCGAGUGGCGGCGGAGUCGGAGCUGCGACUUUGUCUCAGACGGCAUCCUCACAGGACACUGAGCUGGACUCAACGUGUCACAUGCGGUUUGUGGGCAGUGGGACGCUGCGGGGCGGCAAGCCGCGGCAUUACUACCGCUUCCGGUUACUGCCUUGCAAAUCCAUCAAGGUGGGCUUCGACCGCCUGGCCCUCAUCACUGUCCUGGACAGAAACCUGACGGUGAUGGAGAAUGUCCUGUCCAUUGUCUUGGCGGUCCUGGUGGCUGUCCUGGGGUCCCUGUGCCUCAGGGGCUUCUUUCAGGACAUUUACGGCUUUCUCUUCUGCUUUGUCAUGGCCAGCUGCCAAUACUGCCUGCUCAAGAGUGUUCAGCCAGAUGCUGCCUCACCGACUCACGGCUACAACCGGGUGGUCCUGUACAGUCGACCUGUGUACUUCUGCCUGUGCUGCUCGAUGUUGAUGCUGGUGCAGUUCCUGCUCGACUCCAACAUCGAGUACCCGCAGGUCACCCUGUAUGGGGUGCGGCUCAUCACUGACGCAGCUGUGGCUUGGGCACGAAGCUUCCUCAUAGUGUUCAUCUUGGCAUUCCCGGUGACCUUUAGCUUGGGAUUGCUGCCCCAAGUCAACACAUUUGUGACAUACCUGCUGGAGCAAAUUGACAUGAACCUGUUUGGUGGAUCAGCGACCACUGGAUUGGUGUCGGCCAUCUACUGUGUUUCACGGAGCCUGGCGUUUGUGGUGUGCCUGUUCGGACUGGCCUACGUCGCCCUAAAGGAGGGGCACAAUCCAUCACAACACAUAAUGUUUUCCCUGUUUUGUGGGUUUCUUGUCACCUCCUGCUACCUGCUGAGCAGGAGUGCCAGUGAUCCCACCAUUCUCUGGAACCUUAUCAAGCGCCACCUGUGGUCUGAAAGUGUACCAACUGCCAAUGCCACCGACAGUGCUCCCGAAUAUGUGGAUCCACUGCCAGCAAAACUAGAAAAAACAUUUAGGGCCAGGCUUAGGACGGAUGCGAUACACUGCGUCUUUGUGGCAAUCUUCGUGUUUGCAGUGCAUGUCAGCACAAUGUUCUCAGCACUUCAGCCGUACCUGGAAAGGCUGCUUCACCUGACAGCGGUCGUGUGGGGCCUCUUGCUGCACUAUGUGCUGCCCCAGCUGCGCAAGCAGCUGCCCUGGCUCUGCUGCGCGCACCCCAUCCUCAAGUCGAACGAGCACCAGCAGUUCGAAGUGCGCGAACCAGCCCGGGUGAUGUGGUUCGAGAAGUUGCAGGUGUGGAUGUGGUUUAUCGAGAAGAACAUCAUCUACCCACUGCUCUUCCUCAGUGCCGUGAGCACAAGCACGCCUGACAUCAUCAACCGCUUCGGAGUUGCCGGCGGCUGCCUGGUGUUGGUGGUGUGUGCCCUCAAGUGCCUGCGUAGUGCCUUCAACGACCCGUCGCAGCAUUUCCUUGUGCUGCUCUUCACGGUGCUGUUCUUCACGUACGACUACCGGGGACCCAAGGAGCCAUUCCUCAUCAACUACUUCUGCUGCCUGUUCGUCUUCUCCAAGGUGUACGAGUUGCUGCUCAAGAUUAGCUUCAUCAUCACCUACAUCGCCCCCUGGCAGAUCACUUGGGGAUCAGCAUUCCAUGCCUUUGCGCAGCCAUUCAGCGUCCCACAUUCGGCCAUGCUUUUUGUGCAAGCCAUCAUCUCGGCCAUCCUGUCCACACCGCUUAGCCCCGUCCUGGGCAGCGCCAUCUUCUUCACCUCGUACGUCAGGCCGGUCAAAUUCUGGGAGCGGGACUACAACACCAAAAGAGUGGACCAUUCGAACACGCGCUUGUCAUCGCAGCUGGAACGAAAUCCAGGCUCAGAUGACAAUAAUCUCAACUCGAUUUUCUACGAGCACCUCACACGGUCCCUGCAACAGUCAUUGUACGGGGACCUGGCCCUCGGCCGCUGGGGCAACGUGACGCAGGGCGACUGCUUUGUGCUGGCUUCGGACAACCUCAACUGCCUGCUGCACAUUAUCGAGCUUGCCAAUGGGCUCGUCACGUUCCAGCUCAGGGGACUCGAGUUCAGAGGCACUUACUGCCAGCAGCGAGAGGUGGAGGCCAUCUCGGAGGGCGUCGAGGAGGACGAGGGCUGCUGCUGCUGCGAGCCUGGCCGGCUACCGCAUCUGCUGUCAGCGAAUGCGGCCUUCGGCCAACGCUGGCUUGCCUGGCAGGUGGCGGCUGCCCGGUACGUCCUCGAGGGCUACUCCAUCUCGGACAACUCGGCUGUCUCCAUGCUGCAGGUGUUCGAACUGCGCAAGGCACUCGUUACCUACUACGUCAAGGCCAUAGUCUACUACACGGUCACGUCUAGUCAUCUGGAAGAUUGGCUUGCCUUGCCAGCGGUGAGGGAUGCAUUGCACCCGACCUUGGACAGGAAUUACACAGAUGUGGACCCGGUGUUCAACAUGAACAUCGAUGAAGACUAUGAUUUUCGGGCCUCGGGGAUCUCGCGCAGCUCCUUCUGCAAUGUUUACCUCGACUGGCUGCAGUUCUGCAUUGCUCGAUCUGGAAAGAGCCUCGAGCACGAUCGGAACUCUUUGGUCGUGUCACUGUGCUUUUCGUUGAGCUUGCUGGCACGGCGAGCACUGGGAACCGCAUCUCACAACUCUUUCUCAAGCAGCGUGGACCUUCUGCUGUAUGGCCUGCACGCACUGUUCAAGGGCGACUUUCGCAUCACGUGCGUCCGGGACGAGUGGGUCUUCCAGGAUAUGGAACUCCUCCGACGAGUCGUUGCACCCAGCGUACGCAUGGCCCUCAAAUUGCAUCAGGAUCACUUCCUUUCUGCUGAGUAUGACGACCAUGCGACGCUGUACGAUGCUAUCAGCAACUACGAGAAGAACCUGGUCAUCUCCCAUGAAGCUGACCCGGCUUGGCGCAAUGCAGUACUGUCAAGCGUUCCAUCGCUUCUGGCACUGCGGCACGUCUUUGACGACAGCUCGGAUGACUACAAGAUCAUCAUGCUGAACAAGAGGCAGCUCAGCUUUCGGGUGAUCAAGGUCAACCGUGAGUGUGUGCGUGGUCUGUGGGCGGGACAGCAGCAGGAGCUGGUUUACCUGCGGAAUCGCAACCCAGAGCGCGGCAGCAUCCAGAACGCCCGCCAGGCACUGCGCAACAUCAUCAACUCGUCAUGCGACCAGCCCAUCGGCUACCCCAUCUACGUGUCGCCGCUGACGACGUCAUUCCUGGAGACGUCGGAGCAGCUGUGUGGACUAAUUGGGGGACCCCUCAGCAUUUCGCGGUUCGGUGGUGCCCUCCUCGGGUUCUGGAACCGCCUCAAGAUAAGAUGCGGUGAGGGCUGUUCGAGCGGUGGCACAGCCAUUCAGGACGACAACAUCUUUGACUACACCAUGGCGGGCUCCCUGUCUGGAAGUAUUUCGAGAGCCCGCCGCAGCCACUCAAGCGGCUCGCAUUCGGUGAGCUACACGGGGACAGAAACUGGGAGCAGUAACGGCGGCGGUGGCGGGAACAGCGGCGGCAUCGGUGCUGGACUCGACCAGGGCAGCCGCAGCGUCGGCCGAACAUCGGCUUCGAGCAGCAUCGGUCGCGGGAGCACGUUAAGCAGCCUCGGCCGUAACAGCACCAGCUUCACGAGGACCUCACUCAACAACCUCACGGUGUCGUCCUCGCUCGUGUACAAGCCCGGUGGGACGACACCCAGCAGUGGUGUGACAAUCCUGAGCACCACUCCGUCGAGGCAGCAGCCGCAACCGUUCAUCGUAGAGCAGCCGUCCCUGGGAGCGGCUUGCUCGGGGCCGUUCCUGGUCGAGGUCACGCGAAGGAGCUCAGCUUCGGCAGCAGUGCCCCCGCUCUACUCGGGAAGCAUAGCGGCAAACAUACCCAGUCUCGCAGCAAACCUGACCAGUCUUGUCAGCAUUGCCGGAACGUCGGCGGUUGGUGUUCCGACAAGCAUUGCAACUACGGCCGGAAGUGCCCUCCGGGAGACGGCAAUGGUCUCUGGUGUGCCAUCGACGGAAAAAGUCAACAUCUGAGCAAGUUUUUAACACCCUGGGAAAGGAGGCCAUCUUGAUGCAUCUUGCACAUUUUUGCUUGUUUCAGUGAACCAGGCAAGGCACAGCGAUCUCACAUGAUUCUACUGCCACUGCUAGAUGCAAGCUACAGUCAAUGGGGCAUUUUGGAGAUGGCAGUGGCUGCUGGACUGUCGUCCACCAAGAUGAUAUUAAAUCUAAGUUCUGUGCUCCUUGGGUGUGCUGGUCACCUGGACAGCAGCCAUGUGCUCAGUUCAGCAAAUGAGGCAAGGUGCAUAGACAUCGCGAUUGUAUUACCAUCACAGAUCAUCACUCCCAGUUGACGCUGCGUGGAGGAGUGCGGCCAUGCUGUCCCCACUGCAUUUGAGAGCUCAGCAGUGAAGCAUAGCCAAGCUUGCUUUAAACAUGACCACUCUCGUCAGCAUUGCUGAAAGUUCUGCCACCAUUCCGACCGGUGCGCUACGCAAUUAUGACAGGAAGCACUCCCUGACAGAAUGCUACAGUUGCCGGACUGCCGUCAACAAAAAAAGUCAACAUAAUAGUCAAUUUAUAUCAUUUAGGUGGGAAGGUGAUUUGAAUAACAUGUAUAUUCACUUCUUUCACUUUGUUCUUCAAAGGAGACGACUUGCAUGGACCUUUCGAUUCAGCUGCCACUGCAAUCUUAUUCUCUCUGAGAACAGUAUAUAUAUUCAGUGGGGUAAGCCAAAACCCGACUCACAUUUAGGUACAGUGGUUAAAGGUCAGACAUACUUUGCACCCUUUCACUCAAUGCGCCGAACGGGGCAAGACCCAUGGACCUAGAAAAUUGCUUCUCGUGGCACCCUUGUGGAUUGACUUUUUAAGUGCUUUGUUGAAAACCUGCUGUAGUACUUUCUCCGUAGUGACCCGACAAUAUGUCGCCGUACCUGGGAACCACAUCUCUCUUUGUCAUGUGAUGGGCCGAGUUCUCACCUCUCUCGGGCUUUGUUAGUUAGCAGAACGAGAAGGUAGCGCAAGUCAUGUGAACCUUGAACCUGAGUUUAUUGGGAGGGAAGCCAUUUCCAACCGCAACUGCAAAGUUAACUCUGCUGUGUCCAUGUUUUUUUGGGUGUGUGUGUGUGCGCCUGUGUGUCUAUGUCGUACUGCGUUGUCUGUGAUGACCAACAGUGUUACAACUAUAUGCUUUGUCACAAAUGACAACAGUACCCAUUAUAUUUUUUUUCUUUUUGCAUAACAAUCGCAUUGUUAUUCAAAGUUCUACUGUUGCGGUACCUCUGUUGUGCUUUGUUAACUUGCUUUUCAAAGUGCAUCGCUUUCUUAGGUCUCUUUUUUUUCGCGUCAUAACUGUCAGCCCAAAUGCAUGAACUGGAAUUUGAUUUUGUUCACAGUGUUUGCACUUGUUUCGACAGCAGAUAGUUUCAGCCGUUGUCGUUCUAACUACUUAAAGUGUACAUUCGUCCUGGUGCUGAUGGUUCCGUGUCAUCCGCGUCCUUGUGGCUUGGUGUGAAUGCCCGCAUGUGCUGUCUGCUUGUUUGUGGGCUUCUUUUGCCAUCAGUGUAUGAAAAGAAGAACACCCUGUUUUAUACGAAGCCGCAGUCUGUGGGCUUGUCGACAUACCGAUCUGCAUUAGUACUUCAACCAUAUUCCUUCCAGUUAGAGGGACAGUCUCUUAGUCACCCUGGCUGUCAGCCUCAGUGGGAAACGGGCGGUGAAGAUUAUGGGAGAUAAAGAUUUGACUUUUUUACACAACUUCUGUUGAUAUUUUCGGUGUGGCGCAUUCUGUGCUCUUUGCAGUGGUAGUUGGGCUCUUAUAGAAGAUGUUGCAAAAUUCCAUGAGCAAGCCUGCCUUCAAAAUGCAGUGAAUGUCAUAUACAUGGCAGUGCACAGUUCAUGCUUUCGCUUGAAAGGUACUGUUGAUGUGAUCUGUGUGGAAGUAUCCUGGUAGUGAUUUUUUUAGGGUUAUACUAAUACAAAUCUGUUAAGGUGCAAACGUUAUCCGGUAUGCACAUCCUGUAGGUUUAGGUUCAGUGCGUAUAAAUAAAUUGUUAAAUAUAAGAUAAAUCAAAGCUGCCAUACUUGUUGGCAACUUGCUACACUGUAAGAAUUAUUGCAAUAUGUUUUGAGAUAUUAGACUGUCAAUAGAUCACGCUAACCGUCCUUUCAAGCUCAAUACAAACCUCUUAGUGCAAACGUCAUUCAGUGUGCACAUCUCUUAAAUUUAGGUUCACCUUCUUCUAGGUUCAAUACAUACAAAUAUAUUUGUUAAACAUAGGUAAAUCAGAGCUGCACAUGACCUUCCACAACACAUUAUGCUAGAAGUUCAUACAAUACAGUGCACAUGUUGCACUGUUGGCAAUUGCACUAACAAGAGUUAGAAAACAAGUCAUCGUCGUUAGACUAAACACUUCCGUGUGUAUAAGUAUUGUGCGGACAAGCUUGCUCAAGGAACUUUGAUUAUCUCCAAUUUGCAAUAUGUACCUGCUUUCCGUGCAGGCACAGAUAAAUAGUAUAUAUACUAUAUAUGCAUGCCUGAUGCUCCAUGUGUUUUGUUUUUGGGCAUCCAUAUAUCGAAUGGCUUUUCAUUUUCCAGAUUUCGAUGAUUUGGCUGCAGGAUUAUAUGCAGCUGCAUCAAAAGUUUUUUUUUUUGUUGUUGUUGGUGGUGUUCUAAAAGGAUGUUUUGGUUGUGGAAACUCAAGAGAUUAUGUAUCAAGUUGAUCAGGGUAGCUACACUGCUUUGUAUUGGCAUUCACAUGCAUGUUUUUCUUUCUAUAAAGACUUCAAUGAGUUAGACAGGCUGUGUUGAAAGGCAAAGACUGUACAUGAUUAACUGGUCGAAUCGAAUGGUACAGCCCCUAGAUAUAUUUAGAUAUUUAAAUUUGCAAAGCUUUUUUAAUGUUUCACCCUCAUUCUAAGAUCUGAGAAAAGUAGUGGGGUGCAAUUAACCAACUGUAGAGGCAGCAGCAACUUUUGGGGAGCCUUAUUCAGCGAAAUUUAUAUUCAACAUCAAACAACACAUUUAUAUGUUUCAGUCAAACUGUUUAAGAACAUAGUAAUGUUGAAACGAAACUUACAUUGAUGACGUAAGAAAUAUCAGUGGACAGAUAGAUGAAUGUCUCUCUUCAGAGGGAGGUACAGAAGUGGCAAGCAGCUUCCAUGUUAGUAUAUUAUGAUGAUAACGAUACGUGGCAUUUAAUGGCGCAAGGGCCAGGAAUGUCCAAAGAGCACUAUGAAUGAUUGUUACUAUCUCGGCCCUGUUUGUACAACGUAAAUGCUGGUAUGCCUUUUUGAUGAUAUACUGAAGCACUUGGCCUUGCACUGUAAUCUUUUACGCUGUAAUAAGGCCAGUGACAAUGCAUGUCAAGAGUGCGAUAUGUCAGCGUCACACCCUCUGUUCUCCACAAUGAUUUCAAUUUUGUUGCCGCUUUUUGUUUUCAAGCACAUCAAAAACACAUUUCGCGAUACAAAUAGUCGCCGUAGGGUAAAGUGAGUGAAGCGCUUUAGCGACUUUUAUCGUGAAGUGUUGAUGAUUCUGUAAUCUUUGUGGCAUGUAGACCUGUCAGCAUGUCGAAAAAGAUACCCUAAAAACUCAUGUAAUAACUCGUCUAAGAACUCUUGCGAUACACUUGAGCUUAGGCAUAUAAUUGCAUGACUGUCACUUAGGUGACCAGCCUUAUGUGUACUUAGCUGUCCUUUUAUAUGUUAUUCUGAUCCCACUACAAAAGAAUUGGCCUUGUAACUGAAUUCUGGCACUCGUUUUAAAUCUGUGUUAGCAAAGGGAAACAAAAAGUGAGUAUUACAUGAUCGAGAAUUAGGUGUGGCUUGGCAGUCGCUAGACUUGGGACGUCUUCACUGAAGGUAGCAGCCGUUAGUUGCUUCAAUAAAGGAAACAACAAUAUUUUGGCUCUUAAUAUAAUUUGAAGUUUUCGUGCCACCGUCUUGCACUGGUAACCCCGCCUGUUCUUUUUAUUUCUCUUUCUCUAUUUGUUCAUAAAUGCUAUGUUUUUAUUGUUACUGAGAUAAAAAUAACAUCGUGUAGAUCAACAUGGCAAUCAUAAAGCGUACUGUCACUCACAGUGACAUUGCUUGUUUACUGAGCUUAGUAACUGCCCUGGACUUCACAGAGAGCAAGAAGGUGAUGCGUACAAGCUGUGAGGUAGAGUGCACAUUACCAUUUAGUGCAUUAACAGGAUUUUUGGUAAACCUGUUCAAUAUAUAGCCGAAAUUGCUGCAUUGGCUCAGUUGUGCAACAACAGUACCAACAGAAUAGACAGAACGCAAGCAGAUCUCGCACAAGAAACGUCAAGGGAGUGCUGAAACAGACUAGGUGGCUGAAUGCCAAUCACCCGUAUGAAUAACAGUUUGCAUUUUAAUCGCACAAAAUAGGAAUGUUCUGUGCAUUUUGAGAAAAAAUGUUGAACUGGUGGGCAAUAUAUGACCAUUUCACUGCAGUCAGUGCGCUUUAUUAGCAUACAAUCAGCUGAAAUCGCCAGCAAUGAAAUGCCGCAGUGUACAUUCCAACGUGCAGCAGACUGCCUAAACACUAAUGCGGUGACGGGGCUGCCACCUACAGCUCGAUCUCGCAGCCAAUAACAACAGAAGCCCCCAGAAGAGCACCUAGCAGCAUAGCUUUUUCACAAUAACAUUGCUAAGCAGAAACCUGCGUCAAUAUUUUGUAAUGCUUAGUUUCCUUUUCCAUUCUUAUCAUCUGCCAUGCCACAUGAGCAAUGCUUACGAUAAGUCGAUGUGGCUUCAUCCAAGCUAUUGACAAAGAGCAAAAAAAAAAAAUCAAAUGAGAUUGAUCAUUAGAAAAUACAACCCCUAGUGCUACGAUUGCUCAACUGCAGUUAGAAUCUCGAGUAGUAAGUGGAUUUUUCUAUGAUUUCCCCUGGCUUUGUUAUAAAACCGCACUGUAGCUUCAUUGUUUUUGUUAGGUUCUGCUGUUUUGUGUGCAUGCCACGAAACUAAUUCACUUAUGUAAUUUUAUCAUGCAAGCAGAGCACAACACUAAAGCAUGUGUGUCCCUAAAUGUAGACAUCCUUCAGGCAGCAGCAUUAACCACAGGUAUAUAACCUUUAGUGGUCUAAAGUAUUUUUCUCUGCUAUGACAUGAAUACAGUAAAAGAGACAUGGUAGAUUCUGUAGUCUCUGUGAGCUUCAACAAGAUUUUAGGAAGUCGUAGGUACACUUGAAGCUAGAGGAAGGAAGUUUAGGCAAAUCCAUGUACUGCCCGUCAUUAUCCAUGCUACCUGAACACUACUGGUGAUGCAUGCAAACACUAGAGAUAUACCUUGAGUAUUUUUAGCAUGAAAAUGCUUGCACUACUUCUGUUCCCCCAGUGAAAUUUACUGCAACAAUGCCGAUGUUCUGCUAGCAUCCCGUUUCCUGGCACAGCUGGUUAAUUGUGAUGACCGUAAUUAUUUUCGUGCAGCGGAUGUGCAUGGGACAAAGGUGCAAGAGCAAGCAGUUUGUGCAAUGUUUCUGUUUCUGUGUUCUUUAUUUCAUUAGUUGGAAACUGUAUGCUUGACACUACUACUGUUCACAUGUUGGAAUUUAUCGAAAGGAGGCCAAUGUUUGGCCGACAUUCCAUUCAGUAUCGCAGCCGGUUGGUGAUAAUUGUAAUUGGUAUUGUGUGCUGAAUGGGAGAGGCAUCAUGUUCACAAGGUUCUUGCAAAGUAUAACUUAUAUUCUAUUUUGUUUUGCUAAUGUUAAGCUCUGUGCAUAACACUACUUCUGUUCACGCACUGGUAGUUGUUGGAAAGCCAAUGUCUUGCCAACAUCCUGUAUGUCGAUGCAGUUGGUUAAUUGUGGUAAUUUUCAUGUAUUGGGCUGUAAUGUGAAGGGCAUCCUAAGUACACAAGUUGCCAUUUCAUGCUUAUAUAUGUUUCUCUCUUUAUUUUAAUUAGUAUGAAAUUUCAUACCUAGCACUAACUUACUGUCAUACACUGUAAUUCGCCGUAAGAACGCCAGUGUUCUACCGACCUGUUUGCUGAUGCAUCUCGUUAAUUGUGUUAAUCUUUAUUGGUAUUGUGUACUCAACAUGAUCAUCAAGUGCACAAACAACCAAUUCGCAAUGCUUACUUGAGCUUCUCUUAUUUUUGUUACUUUAUUGCCUCAAGAAGGGCAGUAACUGCAGCUUAUUGGUGCUUGUAGGUCAUGAGCAACAACUCGCUAGUCACCCCUUUUAAACACACAGUAGAACAUUUGACUGAUGCCCCUUUUCAACAGGUACCAGUUGUACAUACUGUACAAAAAUAAAUAAAAAAAAGAAAGUCAUCGGCCACUUUCGUUUUGUAAGACGUCCAGUAAAGCUUAGAACAAUUCUUCAAGCAUGUGAUACGGGACACAUUGUCUGUACAUAGUUAUACCCUCGUUUCAGGCUUUGGUUCUUAAUUGUGUGAGUGUGUGUGUGUGCGGUCUUGUUGAACGCCUGUGGAAUGGACCCUAUUUGCGGUGGUAACAGUGGCUGCACUUUUCACCCGGUCUGCAGAAACCGAGUGCUUGUUCUCCUAGUCUUGAACUGAGGCACUAUUCCUUCUGCUGUACAGCUGACUCUUGCGUGAUUGCGUCUUGUGUAUUCCCUCGGGAUGAAGUGGAUAAUAUGCUUCUACCUUUAAGCGUUUUUCUACUGAUUUGUAAGUUGCCGUUGAUGAAUAGGUUGAAGUCUUCGUAUGCUUAUGUUCCUGAGGUCUAGUACCUUGAGGACCCGUCAGUGCAUUGCUUUUUGUAUUGCCUAUUAAACCAUCAAUACAGAAAAAA